CCUGGCGGCGGCGGAGCGACACAAAGAUGGCGGCGGAGCCGGACCCGGGCCCGGACCCGGAGCUGGAGGAGCUGCUGGACAGUGCCCUGGAUGACUUCGACAAGUCCCGUCCCGCCGCGCCGCCGCCGCAGCCGCCCACGGCUCAGCCCUCGCCCAGCGCCGCCGCCAAGGCCUCCCUGUUCGCCUCGCAGGAGAAGUUCUUCCAGGAGCUGUUUGAGGGGGAGCUGGCGUCGCAGGCGGCCGCCGAGUUCGAGCAGGCGAUGCAGGAGCUGGCGCGGGAGGAGCCGCACCUCGUGGAGCAGUUCCAGAAGCUGUCCGAGGCCGCUGGCAGAGUGGGCAGCGACUCGGCGUCGCAGCAGGAGUUCACGUCCUGCCUGAAGGAGACGCUGAGCGGCCUGGCCAGGAACGCCACGGACCUGCAGAGCCCCUCGGGCUCGGAGGAGGAGCUGGCCAAGGCGCUGGAGGGGCUGGGGCUGGAGGAGGGCGACGGCGAGGGCAGCGUGCUGCCCGUCAUGAGGAGCAUCAUGCAGAGCCUGCUCUCCAAGGACGUGCUCUACCCCUCGCUCAAGGACAUCACCGAGAAGUACCCCGAGUGGCUGCGGCAGCACGGGCAGGCGCUGCCGGCCGAGCAGUACGAGCGGUACCGGGCGCAGCUCGGCGUCAUGGGCAGCAUCUGCCAGCAGCUGGAGGCUGAGCGGCCGGGCGAGGGCGAGGAGCAGCGGAGGGCGCGCUUCGAGACCCUCCUGGACCUCAUGCAGCAGCUGCAGGACCUGGGACACCCCCCCAAGGAGCUGGCUGGGGAUGUGCCCCCCGGCCUCAACCUGGACGUGCCGGGGGCGGCGGGGGGCGAGCAGUGCCGCCUGAUGUAGUGCCGGGGGUGGGAGCGGGCGCCGCAGCCCCCCACCACGACGAGGAUGAUGAGGAUGAGGCCGAGCGGCGCCGGAGCAGCGGCCGCCCAGGAGCGGGGCUGGACGGGGCAGCCCCGGCUCUGCCGCCCCGCGUCGCGGGGACACGGUGUGGGGUGGGGGGCAGCGGGGUCCCCCGGCCCUGGGGACACGCCUGUGCCCCCCGUCACCCCAAUAAAGGUGUUGGCAACAA